UCGUCAAUGGUAUCCAAGAUUGUCCUCAUCGUCUUCUAUAUUUUUCUUUCUCACGAGUUGCGCCCUUCAAUGGCGCAAACUUGGGUCAGAGCUGGUUAUUAUUGGAAAUCAUCAUACAAUUUUGAGCUCCCCAUUUCCGACAUAAAUUCUUCUCUCUUCACCCAUCUUAUUUAUGCCUAUGCUGAUGUGAAUACCACCACGUACCAGCUAUCUUUUCCAUCACCUUAUGAAGAACUGCUAAUCUCCAAUUUCACAGACACUGUGAAGCAAAAGAACCCAUCAGUCAACACACUUUUGUCUAUUGGAGGCCCAAAUACUGCUUUGUCAACCUUUUCCUCAUUGUUAAGCAAUGAUUCUCAUAGAAAAUCUUUCAUUGAUUCAUCAAUAAAAAUGGCCAGGCUUUAUGGCCUUCAAGGCCUUGAUCUUUGGUAUACUCAUGCAAACACAAGCAAUGAAAUGUUGAAUGUGGGAAUUCUAUUCAGAGAAUGGCGAGCUGCUGCUGUUCAAGAGGCAAGAAACUCGAGGCAGUCGCAACUUAUCUUGACUGCCUCAGUUAAACAUCUACCAAAUUAUUCUGAUUCGGCAAUUUUUCCAAUAGACUCCGCACAGAAGUACUUGAACUGGGUUCAUGUUGUUACUUGUGAUUAUAAGAAGCCAACAAUUACAAACUUUACAGCUGCUCCUUCAGCUCUGUAUGAUCCAAGUUGUAUUGAUAAUACUGAUUAUGCUAUAAAGGCAUGGAUCAAUGGAGGGCUAUCCUCUGAUAAGCUAGUCUUCUGUUUGCCUCUGUAUGGCUAUGCAUGGGUACUUGCCAAUCCUCAGGUUAAUGGUAUUGGCGCACCAACAAGGGGACCGGCUAACAUAGAGGAGAAAGGAGGCGUGACUUAUAAUCAAAUCAAGAGAGAUUAUAUCGAACCAUAUGGACCUAAUAUUACGUUCAAUGCAACAUAUGUGGUGAAAUACUUCACAGUAGGGACAUCCUGGAUUGGCUUUGAUGAUGCCGAAGUCGUUAGAAUCAAAAUUUCUUAUGCCAAAGAAAAGAAGCUACUUGGUUACUUUGUGUGGCAAGUCUACAUGGACUAUAAUUGGGAGCUUUCUCGAGCUGCAGCCGAAGAGGUUAGAAUUAAUUUUCCAACUCACGAAAGUGAUCAAACUGGAAGAAGUAAUAGGCGUAAGACAGUAAUAGUUUGGACGACAACGGCAACUGCUGUUCUCUUACUAGGCUUUGCCAUUGUCUAUUGCUGGAUGAGAAAGCUCAAAAGAAAAGGAAUGGUAGACUCAGCCAAACAAUCAAAUGAUGAAGUACCUUGUGGAGAUUUUACAAAAAACGAUCUUAAUCUGGUAAUAUAUACUUGGGUUGAGAUUGAAGCAGCAACAGACAGAUUUUCAUUUCGAAACAAGCUUGGCGAAGGUGGUUUUGGCCCUGUUUACAAGGGCAUACUACCAAAUGGGCAGGUAAUAGCAGUAAAGAAACUUUCAAAAACAUCCAAACAAGGUUACGAGGAAUUCAAAAAUGAAGUUAUGCUGACUGCAAAGCUCCAACAUGUAAAUCUAGUCAAGCUUCUGGGUUAUUGCAUUGACGGAAGACAACAGAUGCUCGUCUACGAAUACAUGCCAAACAAAAGCUUAGACUCCUACCUUUUCGAUCCCAUUAAACGACAUAUUUUGGAUUGGGAAAAACGUAUUCAAGUUAUUGAAGGAGUGACUCAAGGACUCAUAUAUCUUCAAGAAUAUUCAAGAUUAACUAUUAUUCAUCGAGAUAUAAAAGUUAGCAAUAUCUUGUUAGAUGGAGAAAUAAAACCCAAAAUAUCAGAUUUUGGAAUGGCUAGAAUAUUUUCAAAAGAUGAUCUUGAAGCAGAUACAAGCCGUAUUGUUGGAACGCUCGGUUAUGUUUCUCCUGAAUAUAUCCGUAAUGGCAGAUACUCAACUAAAUCUGAUGUUUAUAGUUUUGGGGUUCUUCUUUUACAAAUCAUUAGUGGCAAAAGGAUAUCUUUUUUAUAUGGUUUGAACGAAAGUCAGAAUCUUCUUGAAUAUGCAUAUGAGUUGUGGAAUGUCGGCAAAGGCAUGGAGUUUAUGGAUGAAUCAUUGAACGAUACAUAUUCAUAUUGUAAAUUAAUGAGAUGCUUGCGAAUAGGUCUAUUAUGUGUCCAAGAAAAUCCAAUUGAUAGACCAUCCAUGUUGGACGUUUCCACCAUGCUAAAAAAUGUAAACAUAGAUAUGAUGAUUCCGAAGAAGCCUGCUUUCUGGAAACAAGAUCAACCAAAUAAAUCUGUUGUGCAGUUGGAAGGUUUUUCAGGGAGCACUUCAUCAAUUAAUGAUGUAUCAGUUUCAGAUGUGUCAGCUAGAUGAGCCUUACAAUAAACAUUUUGAGAUUACUAAUAUUUCUAUAUUAAUUACACGUUAGUUUUUGUGUCA